AUGAAAUAGGAAUUGUGGGAUGAUUUGCAUUUGGCAAAUGAAAAAUCUAUUACAAAAAUUUUAGAGGCAGGAGAACAAGUAUUAUUUUCUAGUCUACUCUAUAAAUUCAAUGAAGUCAAUAAAAGACAAGAGAGAACAUUGCUUAUUACAACUCAUAAUCUAUACAAUCUAUCAAAAUUGACAGUAAAAAGGAAAAUCCCUAUCAAAAGGGUGUAUGGGAUUACUAUUGGUUUAAUUGGUACAGAAUUCGUAGUACAUGUGCCUGGAGAAUACGACUAUAGAUAUUCAAGUUCUGAACGAAGAGAUUAAGCAGUGUUGAGCAUAAUAAAGGCUUAUUGUUUAUAACACAGAGGCACUGCAUUGCCAGUCUUCUACAAAGAUGAACUCACGCUUACUGCAUAUACAACAACAAAAGUGGAUAAAAGAAAGGGCAUAAAUAGAUUACCAACAACUGGUUCAGAAUUAAUGAAUGAGGAGUAAUUCAGAAAUAGGAUAGAUUCAUAAACAGAAGAACGUUUGUAGACUAGAGCGAAGACUUCGACACUCUAUGCAAAACAGAAAGGAGAGGCAGUAACAAUUGAUGAAUUUGACCUAAUAAAAGUGUUGGGAAGAGGAGCUUAUGGAAAGGUGAUGCUAGUAGAGAAGAAAAGUGACAAAUAAUAUUAUGCUAUGAAAUCAAUUAGAAAAGAGGAUGUAGCUGAUCCAGAAUAAUUAGAACACACCAAAACAGAAAGAUUAGUGUUGGAGCAUGUAAAUCAUCCAUUCCUUGUAAAUUUGCAUUGGGCGUUUCAAACUCCUGAGAAAUUAUUUUUUGUAACUUAAUUUAUGAAGGGGGGAGAACUAUUUUAGCAUCUGAAACAUGUUAAACGAUUUGAUGAAAGUAGAACAAGAUUUUAUGUUUCAGAAAUUGUAUUGGCUUUAGAACAUUUGCAUUAGAAAAAUAUCAUUUACAGAGAUCUAAAACCAGAAAAUGUUUUAUUGGAUGAAAUAGGCCAUAUUUGUUUGACAGAUUUUGGAAUGGCCAAAAUGUUGAAAAAAAAUGAACUUGCCAAAUCAUUCUGUGGAACUCCUGAAUAUCUAUCUCCUGAAAUUCUUCUUGAAAUUGGUCAUUCCUAAUCUGCAGAUUGGUGGGCAUUAGGUAUACUUACAUAUGAGAUGCUGUAUGCAUUACCUCCAUUUUACAAUAAAAACCAAGAUAUGAUGUUUAAAUAGAUCCAAACCAAAGAAAUUACAUUCCCAACCACCCCACCACUCUCCAAUGAGGCUAAAGACUUUAUUUAUAAAUUAACAAUCAAAGAUCCAAAGUAAAGAUUAGGUUCAGGUAAAAUUGAUGAAGUAAAAAAUCACCCAUGGUUCAAAGGAAUUAAUUGGGAAAAACUCUUGAAGAAAGAAAUUGAAACUCCCUUCAAACCUUAGAUCUAAGGAGAGGCUUGGAUUGAUAAUUUCGAUAAACAAUUUACAAUAGAAGAAGCAAUCAAUUCAUAUGCCCCUGAAAAUAAUCUAGUCAACCAAGACGAAUUUAGAGAAUUUGACUAUUAUUAAAAAUGA